AUGACAUCCCCACUGGCGGUCAACGGCAUCACCCUCGGCUUCUACCCAGACGAGGGCGAUGCAGGUGGGCACAAGUCGUACCUCUCUGACCUGAAUGCGGCGCUCUCACGGUCUUGGUCCUCCUCCACCGAUGACUCGCCGCCGCAGCCUACGAUCAACACUGUAGGAUGGUACGCCCAGACGUACCCUAACGAGACGUUUGACGGUUUCCAGUUCAUGCCUCUUGUCGACGACAUUGCACGCGAAUACGCACGAUGCCGGGCAAGCUAUAUCUACGAAGCUUCGGUCAUGCCGUUCCAGAGCUGGACGGGCUACACACCCUCCAACAACGUCAAAGCUACCCAGGUCGCUGCGGUGAUGCAAGCCAUGUUGGAUCGCAGCCGUUCAAGCGACGGAGACUUCGCGAUUGCAGAGAUCCGGCUGCGCUUCGGCCACGAAGUCAACUAUUACAUCAAGUCCGGCUUGUACCCUCCCCCGACAACGAGUGAUGAUGGGCACGACUACCGUACGGCGUUCGACACGGUCGCUGCUGCAUGCCGCGCUUUGCCCACCACCUACAGCUCGCGCAUCAAGAUGUUCUGGUGCCCCAACAUCGCUUCUACUUCCGAGGGCGCUCUCGCCGAAUACCAAACAUUCCUCCCGACACUCGACAAUAUCGACUACGUGGGUAUCGACUACUACUGCCCCGCGCCCGGCUGCCUCGACCCCUCGGACUUUGUGCGCAAGAUGAAGAAGGUCCACGACAACUACGCCUGCGCCACGCGCCCGUUCAUCCUUGGCGAAACCGGCCUGCACUUUGACGCCGAUGAAGGUGGCGGGAUCGAUGCCAAGUUGCGAUGGCUAGACGUGGUGACGGGCAGCGAGGCGAGGCGCGGCCUCCGGUGGAUGUCCGGGGUCAGCUGGUUCAACUACGAAAAGGAUCGCGACUACAGGGUGGUUUGGGUGGCGCAGGGCGAGGAGAGCCAGAAUGCGCCCUUGGUCGAGUGGUUGAGCCAGAGGAUCGAGGUGCAAGGCCAAGCUGGUCGCGGUGGGGCGAAGGUCAAGAAGUUCUGGAAGACGCUGCUGGCGAAUUGA